ACUGGCCAGGGGUUCCGGCUGCAUUUCUAUGAGCGCCACCGGCAGCUGCGGAGGUGCGGGAACCGGUCUGGGCGCGAGCUGGGCCGCUGUAGUCAACCACGCGCAGCUUUUAGGUUAAUUGAAUAAGAGAUCUGACCUGACGGGCCCAGCUGUACAACUCUUCAAGGACGCUUAACAUUCGCAGUAGAGAGGAACAGGGAUAUAGAUCAAGAUGAACGCCAUGCUGGAGACCUCCGAGCUCCCGGCCGUGUUUGACGGGGUGAAGCUGGCUGCAGUGGCCGCCGUGCUAUAUGUGAUCGUUCGGUGUUUGAAUCUGAAGAGCCCCACAGCCCCGCCUGACCUCUACUUCCAGGACUCGGGGCUCUCACGCUUUCUGCUCAAGUCCUGUCCUCUUCUGACCAAAGAAUACAUUCCACCGUUGAUCUGGGGGAAGAGUGGACACAUCCAAACAGCCUUGUAUGGGAAGAUGGGAAGGGUAAGGUCGCCACACCCCUACGGGCACCGGAAGUUCAUCACCAUGUCUGACGGAGCCACUUCGACCUUCGACCUCUUCGAGCCCUUGGCUGAGCAUUGUGUUGGAGAUGACAUUACCAUGGUCAUCUGCCCUGGAAUUGCCAAUCACAGCGAGAAGCAGUACAUCCGAACAUUUGUCGACUACGCCCAGAAAAAUGGCUAUCGGUGUGCCGUGCUGAACCACCUGGGCGCCCUGCCCAACAUUGAAUUGACCUCGCCACGCAUGUUCACCUACGGCUGCACCUGGGAAUUUGGAGCCAUGGUCAACUACAUCAAGAAGACAUACCCCCUGACCCAGCUGGUCGUCGUGGGCUUUAGCCUUGGUGGUAACAUCGUGUGCAAAUACCUGGGGGAGACUCAGGCAAACCAAGAAAAGGUCCUGUGCUGCGUCAGCGUGUGUCAGGGGUACAGCGCACUGAGGGCCCAGGAAACCUUCAUGCAGUGGGAUCAGUGCCGGCGCUUCUACAACUUCCUCAUGGCUGACAACAUGAAGAAGAUCAUCCUCUCGCACAGGCAAGCUCUUUUUGGAGACCAUGUGAAGAAACCCCAGAUCCUGGAGGACACGGACCUGAGCCGCCUCUACACGGCCACAUCCCUGAUGCAGAUCGACGACAAUGUGAUGAGGAAGUUCCAUGGCUAUAACUCCCUGAAGGAAUAUUAUGAGGAAGAAAGCUGCAUGAGGUACCUGCACAGGAUUUAUGUGCCUCUCAUGCUGGUUAAUGCAGCUGAUGACCCCUUGGUGCAUGAAAGCCUUCUAACCAUUCCAAAAUCUCUUUCAGAGAAACGGGAGAACGUCAUGUUUGUGCUGCCUCUGCACGGGGGCCACCUGGGCUUCUUUGAGGGUUCCGUGCUGUUCCCCGAGCCCCUGACGUGGAUGGAUAAGCUGGUGGUGGAGUAUGCCAACGCCAUCUGCCAGUGGGAACGUAACAAGUCUCAGUGCUCUGACACGGAGCAGGUGGAGGCCGACCUGGAGUGAGGCCUCCCGAACUCUGGCGUGUUCCAGCUGACCUCCUCUGGAACCCGCGUCCUUCACCGGCUGUUUCAGGUCUCCCAUCUCCCUCAGUGACCUGGAUCUGACCUCACACCAUCAACGGGGGCCACCCACCAGGCACACCUGUCCUGAAGUAGGUGGCAGUCCCUGGGAGCUCCAGGCUAUUUUUGUGCUUAGUUACUGGUUUUCUUCAUUGCAUUGUUAGCCAUGGUGACAAGUGACAGGGUUCCCACCCUCCUGUCCAGCUGCAGCACCUAAUUGCUUUGAAGCCAAUUACUUCUAGUUUCCCUAUUAAAAAUGUGUCUGAACAGCAGUUUUGCUUUGCCAUUCAAAAGGUCUUUCCCCAAGAACAGUGAAGGAUGUACGUUAUUUCGUGGUGGCUGUCUGUGUCCUUAUUUAGACCCUGAAAAGAGCUCACCAGUGUAGGCCACUGCUGAGGAUGCAGUUCAGCUGGGAGCCUGAGGACCUGGGCCUCCCAGGCCAGAGUGUGGCCUCUUACAUGGCAAAGAAAAUUCCCUGGAGUCACAAACCAAGUUUCUCCCUCACUGUCUUCUAAGACGGUUUUCCCACUUUGCUGAUGAUGAGAGUUACCUAGGGCGCUUGUUCAAACUUCAGCCUCCACGGUGCCUCCCCUUGGAAAAGCUGAUUCAGUGGGUC